AUGGGCGUUGAUAGAGCUGGAGCAUGUUUUAUGAUCGGGGAUUUCAACGAGAUUACGGGUAAUCAUGAAAAACGGGGAGGCCGACGUAGAGCGGAGUCUACUUUCAUCCUUUUCCGCACCAUGCUGGCAAACUGUGGUAUGCUAGACUUCCCAUAUAAAGGCAACUGUCUCUCGUGGGCUGGCAAGAUACGCAGAGGGCGUGUCCAAUGUCGCCUGGACAGGGCUGUUGGAAAUGAAGAUUGGCACCAUUUAUUUUCUCACACUGAUGUGGAGUACUUAAAACUAUGGGGUUUAGACAAUCGGUUUCCGACAGCUAAUCGAAGAAAGCUGGAAAGAGGAAUCCCUUUUGAGCCCUUUGGAUUUCCAUUCCAAAUUGUGGAUUGUCGAAAAGCUAUUUCCCGCUGGAAGAAAAGCAACCCAUCAAAUUCUGAAAAAAAGAUUGAAGAACUCAAGAAUAAAAUUGAUGAAGCGCAAGGUCUUGAUUCAGUCUCAGCAGAAGAGGAGUUGCAGUUAAAAUGGCAAUUAUGUGCAGCCUUUAGGGAUGAGGAGACCUACUGGAGACAAAAGAGUAGAGCGACGUGGAUGCGUGAGGGGGAUAGAAACACCAAAUAA